UGGGCGUGGUAAAUGUUUUUUCGCCAGUCUGUUUUAUUACGUGCGCGCACAUGUCGUGCGCAUAGAAUUAUUCAUCGGAGAGAGACUUGAGCGAGAGGGACUCCAAAGCCAAGGGCUCCAAAGACUCUAGAAUUCCUUUAUCCUACGACCCUUAAUUUAAGAAACAAAAACAGUUGAGACAAUGGCGUCCCAAAUAGCAAGAUGUAUCAGACCAGGGACAAUCAGUUGCAUGCUUCGGUCUCCUAACCAGCUAUCAGUGCGAUGUUUAUCAGGGACGUCACAGUGCUCCAGUAGCAACCCUUCAGAUAAGUAUGAUAACUUGAAAGCAGUGAAGACACCUAUGCUCCCUCCUGACAGCUAUAAGGGCAAGAAAGUAUUUGUGACGGGAGGAGGAACCGGACUGGGAAAGGCCAUGACAAGAAUGCUGUCUCAACUUGGAGCUGAGGUUGCUAUUGUCAGCAGAUCUCCAGAUGUUCUGAAGAGCACAUCGGAAGAGAUCUCAGGGGAGACCGGAAACCCUGUACAUCCGAUCCCAGCUAACAUACGAGAUCCUGAAGCUGUUAAAUCCUCUGUAGAUCAGUUUGUAGAGAUCUGCGGAGGACUUCCAGAUGUCGUCAUCAACAAUGCUGCCGCUAACUUUAUAUCUCCCUCGGAACGUCUUUCUCCCAAUGCUUGGAGGACAAUAGUUGAUGUUGUUCUGAAUGGUUCAAUGUACGCCACCUUGGAGAUCGGGAAGAGACUUAUUGAGCAGCAAAAAGGUGCCAAUUUCUUGACGAUCAGCACCCCAUAUGCAGCCCUUGGAUCUCCCUUUGUGACUCCCAGUGGUGCUGCUAAGAGUGGACUUGAGAAUGUUACUAGAAGUUUAGCUGUGGAAUGGGGUCGCCAUGGAUUGAGAUUCAAUGGUAUAGCACCAGGAGCAAUCUACACAAAGGGAGCCUUCAGCAGACUGGAUCCCUCAGGUAAGUUCCAGAAAAUACUCACAGACUCCACCCCUACCGGUCGCAUUGGAGAACAAGAGGAGAUAGCCAACCUGGCUUGCUUUCUAUGCAGUGAUUAUGCAAGCUGGUUUAAUGGAGAGAUUGUCAUGUUUGAUGGUGGCCAGACACUGCAGGCAUCUGGAAUGUUUAGUAGUUACCUCAAGCUUUCCAAGGACCAAUGGGAUCAGGCAGAAUCAAUGAUCAGGGGAACCAAGGGCUCUUAAUGA